UGCCUCUCUCUCUCUCUCUCUCUCUCUGUCGGAGGGAAGAUGGCGGACGAGGCUACUCGCCGCAUCCUGAGCGGAAUCCCGCUGCUACGCUCCAACGCGGGCCCGCGCGACAGCGAACGCUGGCGGGAGCGGCUGAAGGAGGAGUACCAGGCGCUCAUCAAGUAUGUGGAAAACAACAAGCGGGCAGACAAUGACUGGUUCAGACUGGAGUCAAACAAAGAUGGAACACGGUGGUUUGGAAAGUGCUGGUACAUACAUGAGCUUUUGAAAUAUGAAUUUGACAUUGAGUUUGAUAUUCCCGUCACAUACCCCACGACGGCACCAGAGAUCGCCAUCCCAGAACUGGACGGAAAGACGGCCAAAAUGUACAGAGGUGGAAAGAUUUGUCUGACAGAUCACUUCAAGCCACUGUGGGCACGCAAUGUCCCCAAGUUCGGCAUGGGACACCUGAUGGCCCUGGGGUUAGGACCCUGGCUCGCUGUGGAGAUCCCAGAGCUGAUCACUAAAGGCCUCAUCCAACACAAAGAAGGACAGGACAAGAGCUAGGAGGAGAGUGGGGUCUCCGGGAGAGUCUCCAGUGAGGCGAGUGUGGAGGACAUGCACCAGUACAUCAUCACCUGCAGCUUCCUGCCGGACUCCCGCUCAGCUCCUGGUGCUCUGUGUAAACCAUUCCAAACAUUGACCGGCCCUUCCUCCCAUCGCUCGCCCUUCCUCUUCCCCAUUCCCUCUGCCCCUCCCCCUGACGCGGGGAGCGGGGUUUCCCAGUAGCCGGGCUCUCUCUCUCUGUGGCCUGGCGCACACGGAGACGGAGACGCUCUGUGUGCUCCCUCUCGGGGUUGGAACCUGCCAGCAGUGCCUGCAACUCCUACCCCAUGGGCAAGGCAACUGGUCUCCAUCAUCACUGGGACUUCAACAGAAGAUUUGGGGAACACCUCACAGCGCAGCCGGCAGUGGAGGGUGGGGCGGUGGGAUUGGGAGGUAGAGAGACUAAACAGAGAGACUAAGUGUGAUUCCCGCCCCCCCCGCCACCCCCCCCACCCCCGCAACAACUCCUGCCCCAGGUUCUGUCAGCCAAUAGGGGCUUUUAGGGUAUCAAGGUGGCGAGGGACAGGCGGCCGGGGGAGUGGGGGACAGAGAAUUUAACAGAAAUUAUAUGUAAUAAAAGUGUGCAGAAUAUUUCCUUUACAGUUUGAAACAUUCUUUUUCAAGAUGGGAGGUUUCAGAGGCCCUGGGCUGACUGUGAACAGAAGUCAAAGUCAAGACACGCCUCUUUACUGAGAGAGCUUAUUCGCUUUGUUCAAUCUCUACACCCAGUGUCGGAGCUAUUCCCUGUUUCUACUCUUUUCAGUGAGCCCAUUAAACCAAAUGAACAAGUCAAGGACAAGUUCAAAGGCAGCCCCUUAAAGGAUACUAUAAAAAAAUAAAGACAAAAUCUUAAAAUAUUCAAAUUAAAACGUGAUCAAAGGGGUCAAUAAAGGACCCCAGCUCCCACAGCGCACAGAAUGUUCCCUAUUUAUACGUGCUCAAAGUACUUAAUAAAACAAAGCCCUUCACCUGUG